CCUGUCUUCGACCCUUCGACUCUUCCCAGUACGCCCACGUCGCCGCUCUCUAGGCGUCUUUGAACACCUUGCGCGAUAUUGAAGAUGAGCGACGAGCAGGACAGGCGAGGAGCUCACGCCAGAGCGAUCCUGGGUCCUGAGAUGUACGACCGCCUGUCCAAAACGAGAGUGCUCCUGGUCGGUGCGGGUGGGAUUGGCUGUGAAUUGUUGAAGAACAUUGUCCUCACGGGCUUCGGGGAUAUCACUCUGCUUGAUCUGGACACUAUCGACCUGUCCAACCUGAACCGACAGUUCCUUUUCAGAAAGAAGGAUGUGAAGCAUAGCAAAGCUAUGGUUGCAGCACGUACGGCUGCCUCAUUUAAUCCGAACGUACACAUCACACCCAUACAUGCCAAUAUCAAGGAGCCGCAGUUCGACGUUGCAUGGUUCAGGGGUUUCAAUAUCGUCCUCAACGCGCUAGACAAUCUCGACGCGCGGCGGCACGUCAAUAAAAUGUGCAUGGCUGCGAACGUACCGCUAGUGGAGUCUGGUACUGCCGGCUAUCUGGGCCAGGUCCAGCCUAUACUGAAGGACCGAUCAGAAUGCUUUGACUGCGUGCCCAAGCCUACUCCGAAGACAUUCCCUGUAUGCACAAUCCGUUCCACCCCAUCACAGCCCAUUCACUGCAUCGUUUGGGCGAAAAGUUACCUGCUACCUCAACUCAUCGGAGAAGAUGAAGACGCAGGCGACGAGCUUGAUGAAGCCGAAAGGCAGGGCGAGAAUGCUCAAGAAAUUGCGGCACUUAGGAAGGAAGCGCUUGCAUUUAAGAUUGUGCGCGAUGCUGUGCACCGCCCAUCUAAAGACGAAGAGAGCUCCAGUGCGGCGAAAUUAGUCUUCCAGAAGGUCUUUCAUUCCGACAUUCUCAACCUUCUCUCCAUGACAGAUAUGUGGCGCUCGCGCGCACCUCCAACUCCUUUGGACUUCGACAGUAUCCGGGAUGGAUCAUUCGUGCUGCAGCAGAAGGUCCCCGUAGAGAACGGCACCCGCCGGAGACAAAACGGUGACGCGCAGAACGGCAACGGGAGUGCCAGCACAGAGAAGCUGCUGAAUGGCGAUUCAUCUAGUGCAGCGAGUACCAGUUCCGCGGGCUUGAAGGACCAACGGGCGCUAUCAUUGCAGGAUAAUCUGGAGUUAUUCAUCUCGAGUACGGAGAGGUUAUCAGCCCGCCUACAGGCAGAAGAAGAGACAAUCUCGUUUGACAAGGACGACGAUGACACACUGGACUUUGUCACUGCAGCUUCUAACCUCCGCUCAAUAGCGUACGGAAUUCCUGGAAAGAGCAGAUGGGAGGUGAAAGAGAUGGCUGGGAACAUCAUCCCCGCCAUUGCCACAACCAAUGCCAUCAUCGCCGGUCUCAUUGUGCUGCAAGCGCUGCACCUCCUGCGUAAAGCGUACAACUCCCUGCGCAACGUGCACGUGCAAUUCAAGCCCAGCAUGCCUCUCAGUACCAUUAAUAUGUGCCCGCCGAACCCGUACUGCGGCGUGUGCCGGGACACGUACACGGAGGUGCUGUGCGAUCCCGCGCGUGCGACGCUUGGCGAGGUUGUCGAGGGAAUAUUGGGCAUCGGCGAGGGUGUGGAUGGUGUGGCAGAGAAGCGAGACGUGAGUGUGUUUGAGGAUAAGCGGAUGCUGAGCGAUCCGGAUUGGGAGGACAACUUUGAGAGAACAUUGAAGAGUUUGAAUGUGACGAGAGGGAAGUUCUUGUCAAUCGUGGAUGACGAAGGAGAGCUGGCGACCAUCCAAGUGGCGAUUGACAUCCUACCACCCGAUCACCCAGCAGAUGGUCCUGCUCUGAUCUUGCCUUCUCCGCUACCACAACCACCCAAAAAAGCGAAGCCGCCGCCUGCUUCCUCCACGCCACCCCGGACAGCGCUCAAACGGUCGGCUCCGGAUGAUGACGUUGUCGAGGUCGAAUCGCCGAAGCGGGCGAGAAUGGACAGGGAGUCGACCCCCAAGCGGCCGAGAACAAACGGCUUCGUUGCGGUCCCGUUCACCCCGAGCAAGCGGCGGAGACUGGAAGAGGACGGACUGAUUAUUAUGGAUAGUGCCAACGAGAAGUUGGACGAUGACGAGGUAGAGAUAUUGUGACCAUGGUGUUUCAUGUCUGCUCGCGUGCCAUUCUUACGCCCAGAGGUCAUAAAAUGUCAUUAUUCAGUCUGUACUUGUGUCCUUCAUGUUUGGCGUGCGCAUACGGGGUUUUCACUGCAUAUAUAAACAAGAGAUCGAUGAGCGUUUCCAGGAAUCACGGUGUAGUUUAUUAACGUACCCGUUAACUGGUCCUUGGAACCGGC